AUGAUCAAGGCUUUCGUUGUUCUCGCUGCUGCUGCUGCCUCGCUCGUUGCCGCCUCGGACCGUGUGUCCGUGAAGGGCUACACCGCCGACUCGAAGGGCGCCCUUGACUGCAAGUUCGGCAGCGGUGACAUCCUGAAGAAGUGCGGCACCUGCGCCAAGAGCAUCACGGAGUGCGCCACCUCGAACCCUAACAAGACCGAGCAGGUCUGCGUUAGCGACAUCGCCUCGUUCGCUGGUGACUGUGGUGGCUGCGCUGUCAACAUCCUCGAGUGCCUGUAA